CAGAAAUCCGAAGCUCUCUCACCAGCACUCGACAGACGACUUUAUCGUUCCCCCGGCGGAUUUCUCGACAAUCGGGUCAGCAUAAUCAGCAAAUAUGGCUGCUAUUCAGGGAACGAUUUCCAAGCGCCGCAAGUUCGUGGCUGACGGUGUGUUCUAUGCCGAAUUGAACGAGUUCUUCCAGCGCGAGCUGGCUGAGGAGGGAUACUCCGGUGUCGAAGUCAGAGUUACUCCCACCGUAACCGAUAUCAUCAUCCGCGCUACCCAUACCCAGGAAGUUUUGGGUGAGCAAGGUCGCCGCAUCCGUGAACUCACCUCCCUCAUCCAGAAGCGCUUCAAGUUCCCCGAAAACUCCGUCUCCCUUUAUGCCGCCAAGGUCCAGAACCGUGGUCUCUCUGCCGUUGCUCAGUGCGAAAGUUUGCGAUACAAGUUGCUCAACGGUUUGGCCGUCCGAAGAGCCUGCUAUGGUGUCCUCAGAUUCAUCAUGGAGAGCGGUGCCAAGGGUUGCGAGGUCGUUGUUUCUGGAAAACUGAGAGCUGCUCGUGCCAAGAGCAUGAAGUUCACCGAUGGUUUCAUGAUCCACUCCGGUCAACCCGCCAAAGACUUCAUUGACAGCGCCACCCGCCACGUUCUCCUCCGUCAAGGUGUGCUCGGUAUCAAGGUCAAGAUCAUGCGCGGUAGCGACCCAGAGGGCAAGUCCGGUCCUCAGAAAUCUCUCCCAGACUCCGUCACCAUCAUCGAGCCCAAGGAGGAGCAGCCUGUCCUCCAACCCAUGAGCCAGGACUACGGUGCUAAGGCCGCUGCUGCCCAGCAGGCUGCUGAGCAACAGCGAUUGGCCGAGCAGGAAGGUCAAGAAGGCGCAGAAGCUGCCGCUGUCCCCCAGGAGUGAAAUUAAUUAGCUGUUUUUUUCCUCCUUUCUUCUAGUCCCAUCUUUUUCAUCCCCACAUUUCUUCUACUGUCCUAGGAAUGUUAAAAUGGGCAUCAUGAAUAUGCAACAAUUUUCUCCGUUUUCUGCUGAAUGGACGGAAACUUGGCGAUUAGGAGUGUAGUUUAAACACAAAAGAGAUUACUUCUACCCAAGGAAGCGUUCAGACUGCUGGUGAAUGACUGAAAGUCCGAUUACUUUACUGAGAGCUUUCCUGAUCCAAGGAAACAAUACAUCAUGAGCAAGCG